AUGAGGACAAGGAGCUGUGGAGACGAGUCUCCUAGGAGUGACCUAGGAGACGAGUCUCCUCGGAGUGACCUAGGAGACGAGUCUCCUAGGAGUGACCUAGGAGACGAGUCUCCUAGGAGUGACCUAGGAGACGAGUCUCCUCGGAGUGACCUAGGAGACGAGUCUCCUAGGAGUGACCUAGGAGACGAGUCUCCUCGGAGUGACCUAGGAGACGAGUCUCCUAGGAGUGACCUAGGAGACGAGUCUCCUCGGAGUGACCUAGGAGACGAGUCUCCUAGGAGUGACCUAGGAGACGAGUCUCCUAGGAGUGACCUAGGAGACGAGUCUCCUAGGAGUGACCUAGGAGACGAGUGUCUUAGACCAGUCGCCUGUGGACGUUCGUCAGCACUGUGA